UGUAUAAUAUCUCAUCUAAUUCGUCCCGUCAAUCGAACCGAAACCCUUGGAUAUAAUCAUCAGAAAUCGAGCGGGGUGCUCUUUCGAUUUCUCCGACAGAGAAACAGACCCUAGCAGCACCGCACCCCACAGCUGGAGUUUGUAGAAUCUCUCAGUUCUUCGAAUUGAAUCGCGCGUAGGUUUAGGGUUUAGAUGUCGUGAAAAGAAAUAGAUUGCUUUGUUGUUUUCUGUUCUGUCAUUGCGGCGUCGAGUUAGGUUUUGAUAUAAUCUCGCUAGGGAAGUUUUCGGUGGAGAUGGGGAGCGCCGAUUCGGUCGAUGAUCGGACCUUCAAUGGUAAUAUCAGUGAGGAAGGAGUUGCGAAGUUGAAAGAGAGGGUGAAGGUUAAACUCAAGGAGUACAUGGGAAAUUAUACCGAUGACACUCUCGUGGAAUAUGUUAUAGUCUUGCUUAAAAACGGGAGACGGAAAGAGGAAGCGAAGAAUGAAUUGAAAAUAUUUCUUGCAGAUGAUAGCGACUCUUUUGUGGCCUGGUUGUGGGAUCAUCUGGCGGAAAGUCUGGAUGAAUAUUUUGGUUCUCAUUUGGUAAGCAGUGAGAAUGAGGAUAAAGCACUUGUGAAACUGGAUUCGGAAUCUGAAAAGGGACGAUCUGAUAAAUUACACGGUGCUCGCCGCAGUAGACAAUGGAGAAGCCAGCCAAAUAAUGCUCAUGACAUUCCUCCUCUUCUGAGUUCCGAGGUUCACAAAAUUGAUAACUACAAGAAGAAAGAUCACAAACAAAGACAUCAUAGAAGGUCUCCAUCUCCACAGUCUGAAUCCCGCGGGAAAAGAAUCAGAACUGACGACUCGCGGAAUGAGAAGAGGGAGGCGAAACCUGAUGUCUCUCGCCGGCUGCUUCAGUCUGCUGUGCGAGACGCUCUGGCUACAUCAAAGCCGCCAAAUAGUUCGACCGAACCCUCAUUAAAACGUCUUCGUUCAGUGGUGUCCGCAUCUACUGAAGACUCAUCUGACCCCAACCCAGCUCGGAAAAUUCGAUCUGUUGUGAAUCCCAUGGCCACUGUAAUUAAAGCUGUCGCCGAAGCGGCUGAAGAUGCCAAAAAACCAAAAUCUGGGAGAAGUGUCUUUGACAGAAUAAGUCAUUCUACUGGUUUUUCUGAGACCCUGGACCAACAUAUGGUGCCUAGUGAGGUUUCUGCUGAGAAGAAAAGUUGUAGGAAUUUUAGCGAAGAUCAGGAACCAGCGCAGCAUCAAUACACGAACAGUCUUCACAACAAUGGUGUGUACGCUGAGAAGAUGACAACUUUUGACAGUGGCUUGCAGCCAAAUUUUUCGUCUGAUCAAAGCAGACUUGGCUCAAGUGUUAAUGUGUCUCACCCAAGUACUUUUCUUGGGAACAGAAUUAACAAUCCAAGAAGUCUGCAGCAUCGUUUAGUCGAUGACCCCGAAAGAGUUAAAGGGACGAAUUAUCAAAAUCACCUUACUGAAGAUGCAACCAGGCAUAAGACUGCAAGUUUCUCUGGCCACGUAGAUUCAGGGAGAACAAGAAAGUUAGAGGAGCAGAUGAAAGUACCAGAUGUGGGUCUGCAUAGAUUUUUGGACGGAGGCAGAUUAGUUUCUAGGGAAGCUAUCACGCAAUCAUCAACGGAGAAAAUCUGGGGUGACACAGUAGGGAAUGGAAAUAUAAAAACUGCUGCUGAUGUGAAAGAUGAUUCAACGAAUAAGAAAUCUGUUCCUGGGACAUCACCCACUAGCCGCCCUUUGGAAGAUGCUAGUUCCCGAACAAUCUUUGUGGCCAAUGUUCAUUUUGGUGCCACCAAGGAUAGCCUUUCAAGGCAUUUCAACAAGUUUGGUGAAGUGCUUAAAGCUGUCAUAGUUACAGAUCCAGCUACAGGGCAACCAAGUGGAUCAGCAUAUAUCGAGUUCACGCGCAAGGAAGCUGCAGAGAAUGCAUUGUCUCUGGACGGGACCUCUUUCAUGACUCGCAUUCUCAAGAUUGUGAAAGGAAGCAAUGGGCAACAACAAGAGGCAGCGUCGAGCAUGACAUGGUCUCGAGCUGGAAGAUUCACAAGAGCCCCCUCAUAUCGAAGAGGUAUCCAUGGUGGUGCAUUUAGGGGUCGUUCUGUUGUUAGAGCUGGAGCCAGGAGCAUGCAAUGGAAGCGCGAUUCAGCUGAGACCGGAAACAACAACAUUGUAGCUCGUAGUCUGACUUACGUUCGACCAGAAUCAAAAUCAGACGGAAAUGCAACUAUUGGAUAGAUAAAAAAUAAGAAGCAAGAAGAGCCUAGGAAAAAAAAAAGAGGAAGAUGAGCUAUGUUAUCUGCCUUAGCGGAUUUUUUUUUUUGUUAUUUCUCUAUAAUCAUACUCCAAACUUGAUGAUACUUAUAUUCCUUCUUAUUGAUGACAUUUAUGUUUCUGUCUUCUUCUUUUUGUAUGGGAUUAUUAAAGAAAAAAAA